GUCCUGCAAGCCCAUCAUCUUGGCUGAGCAAAAUAUAUCACCUUUGCAUAGUAUAAAUAGUGUGACUAAAUGUCUGGAAUUAAGCGUGCAGUCCAAUGCACCCAGGACAAUGCCAGGAAAAGAAGCAAACUGAAAAAGCUGUCGCCAACACCCCACGGCAGACAGCUCAACGAAGCCAAGCAAGUGAAGACCCAAGCUGUGAGGAAACCUUUUGAUUCCGAUACCCAAAGCCUAUCGCCGAUGAACUCUCAAUCUGGGGCACCUGGGGAAGAAGUACAGCACCAAAAUGGAGGGACAUUUAUUGACGGAAGCAAUCGGCCUUUAAUUGCGCCUUUAAAAGCGGCCUCCCCGGGUAUGCGCGGUCUAGCAAUGUCGAAUGAUAUAAACAUAAAGCAGAAGUUGCUUGCCCGGCAACGAAAACUAGCCAAACCAAACUCGGACUUGAUUGUUAGGACGAAGAAAAUAUGGGAACGAUUGCGCCUGAAAUCACAUGUCACUCGUGAAGAAAGGGAGCAAUUAGUCACAGAGCUCUACAGUAUUAUCACUGGCCGUGUGAAUGAAUUUGUGUUCAAGCAUGAUGCUGUGAGAGUUAUUCAGACUGCGCUGAAGUACGGCACCGCCAAGCAACGGAAAGCGAUUGCUGUGGAAUUAAAGGGAACCUAUCGAGAAUUAGCGGAAAGCAAGUACGGCAAAUUUCUACUGGCCAAACUUGUUGUGCAUGGAAAUUCAGAAAUUAGAAACAUGAUCAUACCAGAGUUCUAUGGCAAUGUUGGAAAAUUAAUGAGGCAUCCAGAAGCAUCUUGGAUUCUGGAUGAUAUCUACCGGAUAACGGCGACAUCCCUACAGAGGAAUAUGCUUCUACGCGAAUGGUACGGCCCUGAAUUCGCCUUAUUCAAGACCGAUGCUGCUGCUCAACUGACCGCACAACUGUCGCAAAUAUUGGAGGAAACUCCUGAAAAAAGAAAUCCCAUUAUGCAGCAUCUGUUUGGGUCCAUCAAUCAGUUCAUUCAAAAGAAAACGACGGGUUUUACCAUGCUCCACGAUGCAAUGCUCCAGUACUUCUUAAAUGCGAAGCCUGGUAGCGCUGAGGCCACCGAAUUCAUGGAGCUUCUGAAAGGAGAUGAAGAUGGAAGCCUGGUAAAAAAUCUGGCUUUUACCAAAUCAGGGUCGAGGUUGAUGUGUCUCGUCCUUGCGUACUCGAACGCUAAGGAUAGAAAAUCAUUUCUGAGAAUAUAUCGUGGUAUGAUUUCGAUGCUAGUGGAGGACGUGCAUGCCCGAACCAUUAUCCUUGUCGCCUAUGAAGUGAUUGAUGAUACGAAACUCACAGCCAAAUUGAUCUUUCCUGAACUAUUUGGUGAGAGUCUUCCAGAAGCAGAGCGACGUGAUUACUUACUCCGCCGAGUCAAUGAUGUAUCCCAUAGAAUACCUUUACUUUACCUUUUUGGAGGGGAAAAAUUGUCGUGGUUGCUCGGCAGCGUCGACGAAGAAAUUCUCGAAGAAGUCUGCAGAAUCAGGUCCUGGACAUCAAAGAAAGACCCCACAGUCCGUCGAAACGAACUGAUUAACGCAGCAUCACUUCCUAUGCUCCAUUUUAUCGCUUCGACUGCGGAAUCGCUUGUGGCUACAAGCUCUGGCUGCCGGUGUAUUACAGAAGUGCUCUUUAGUGCUCAUGGUGAUAAGAAACCAGCUCUUAAGGCUGUUGCCGCGACCGUGCGAUCAAAACCGGAAAACAUGGGUACGCCAAGUGCUGGACGCAUGUUAAAGGCUUUAGUACAAGGUGGUCGGUAUAAUGCCGCACACCGUUGCGUGGAUAAGGCUCAGGAUCCCUUAGAGUUUCAUGCCCUGCUAUAUGAGCAUAUUCAACAAGGUAUAAUGUCGUGGGUAACAGGACCAAAUCCGUUUGUUGUGGUCGCGUUGGUGGAAGCUAGCGAUUUUGGUAGAAGAGGCGAACUCAUCGAUACGUUACAAUGUCACAUGCAAACACUCCGAGCACUGGCCUCCAAGUGCCCACAGGUGGACGGCAACAAUGGGUUCCAAGGAAAUAGUGCUGCGGCAAAGCUUCUGCUGAAUUUCAUUAACCCUGACUCGACAUCAAUAGCUGAGCCUGUGGCAGAAAACACACCAUAG